AGCCUCUCGCUCUCCCGCCGACGCGCACGUCCUCCGCGCCGAGCCCAGAGGCAGACAGAGGACGCGGCCAUGGCGUCCAUCCCGUGCACCUUCCAGCUGAGCACGGCGGCGUCGAGGAGGGUGUCGCCGCGGGUGGCGGCGCAGGGGAGAGGCCAAGGAGGAGGGGGAGCGGUGCUGAGGACGCCGCUGCUGGGCGCGGGGAGGCGGGGCCUGGGGUGGCUGCGGCCGUCGCGGUUGAGCCGCGUGGUGCCGGCGAGCGAGAGCGGGCGGGCGGGUCCCACCUGCUGGUUCAAGUUCGGCAACAAGGACGCCGAGGGUGCCGGCAUCUACGGCAGCCAGGCCAGGGACGACUUCGACCGCGACGACGUCGAGCAGUACUUCAACUACAUGGGGAUGCUGGCGGUGGAGGGCACCUACGACAAGAUGGAGGCGCUGCUGAACCAGGACAUCCACCCCGUGGACAUCCUCCUCAUGCUGGCAGCCUCCGAGGGCGACCGCCCCAAGAUCGAGGAGCUGCUCCGCGCCGGCGCCAGGUUCGACGUCAAGGACGUCGACGGCCGGACGGCGCUCGACCGGGCCACCGACGAGACCAGAGAGUUCAUCCUCGGCUUCGCCGCCAAGAAGGCCUGAACGACCAUGUGCAGGUCAAUCGUGCCCGGUUCUUCUGGACAUUUGGCUGCAUGUAACUAAAUUCUUCGUUUUCUGGAAUCGGUGGAGUGUUCAACCGGGGGUGAACAAGCUGUUUGCAGAGGUAGCUUUCCGUAGUCAGCUGUAUUCUUACUGAAGACUGAGGGGUGUACUGCGACCUGCCAAAUUGCUCAAUAAGGUCAUGCUUCGUUAA